AUGGACCUCUCCAAUCCCAAGGUUGUGAGCGAUACUGAAAGCUUGGGUUUAUUGCUACAUCCACAGAAUCUUGUCAGCGCAAUUAUACCAUUUUCUUGCCAGAUUGGGGUCACUUUAGCCACUAUUCGCAAAAUGGCAGAAGUUAACGAACUAUUCCUUUCAAAAGGGUUGAUCACAGACAAACAGCACCAAAAGCUUGCUGAUGAAACAGCCUCCUAUAUUUCAAAUUUAGAAGGAUAUAUGAAAAGUGUCGAGACUCUGGAGAAAAAGGUGAAGGGUUAUUCGAAUCUGCUGGCCACAACGCUGACUCUCAGUAACCAAGCUCGAAUGCUCCAACUUACCGACGCGUCUGUCGAAGAUAAUAUCAAUGUCUUUGUUGUAACAAUGGUCACAUUGAUUUAUUUGCCCGCGAGUUUUGUCUCUGCAUUUCUCGGAAUGAAUCUCUUUGAUUUUGAUGCACCAGGGGAUAGAGGCUUUGCGGCGUCGGGCAAAUUCUGGAUUUUCUUCGCCGCGACCCUGCCAUUGACUUGCCUUACCUUAGGGUUUUGGUAUUUCCUCUCAAAGCACCGGAAACGGGCAAGGAUGUUCAAGCAGGCUUCUUGA